UACAAUUUUGUACAAUAAUCAUUAUUUUAUUAAUUUGAAGAUUUCAGAUUUUGUUGGAAAUGGAUCCACAAUUAAAGAAAAAAGUUGUUCUGAUAACAGGAGUUAGCUCUGGUAUUGGGAAGGGGACAGCCAUCAAAUUUGCAAAAUUAGGUUGCAGACUAAGUAUAGUUGCUAGAAGAAAGGAAAUGCUAGAAGAAGUUGCAGAAGAAUGUCGGGCUAAGGGUGCACCAGAGGUUUUAGUCUGCUGUCAUGACCUGUCUGUUGAAGAGGAAUGUGUUGCGGUUGUUAAAGAGACAAUUGAAGCUUUUAAUGACAUUGAUGUACUGGUUAACAAUGCAGGGUGUGUCUGUAAAAUAUGUUCUUUAGCUGAAACCACUACUGAGGAUUUUACCAGGAUAAUGAAUGUAAAUGCAAGAUCUGUGAUGACCUUAACUCAACAAUGCAUUCCACAUCUAACAAAAUCUAAGGGUUCAGUGGUAAAUAUAUCUUCGAUUCUUGGAACACAUGCUACACCAGGGAUGGCUCCCUACAGUAUGAGUAAAGCAGCAUUGGAUAUGCUUACAAGGAUGUCAGCUCAAGAAUUGGCUGCAGUUGGAGUUAGAGUUAACAGUGUUAACCCAGGGGUGGUUUAUACAGAGGUUUUUGAUAACUUAGGAAUGAAUGAAAUAGAGCGGGAAGCGUUUAUUAAGAGGUCCUGUGACAUACAUCCACUAGGACGUCUUGGAACUAUUGAAGAGGUUGCUAACGCAAUAAUAUUCCUGGCUUCCAGUUUAUCCUCAUUUACAACAGGACAGAUCCUAUUUGUUGAUGGAGGGUUCCAUGAUACGACUAGCAGUAAACCAUUAUAUGCUUAAUCUAGUAAAGAGAUAUUGGACGUACAUUGAUCAGUGGACUGCAGUGGACUGCAGAACGCAGCUUAAUUUUGGGCAAGGUUUAAAUAGUGUGUAUGGCUUGUUAACUAUUAUCUUUAAUAAAUAUUUAACAAAAAGGACUAAAAUAAAUUGUUUAUUAAUUUGUGA